AUGUCUCUUAAGGUCGUCGUCCUCGCCUGCGUGGCUGUCGUCGCUCUGUGCGACAAAGCCCCAGUCCACGCCCCUCAUUCUCCCGUUUACGCCCCUAGACCUUCCUACCACGCCCCUGCUCCUUACUACGCCCCCGAACCCGCCUACCACGCCCCAAAGCCCGCCUACCACGCUCCAAAACACUAUGAAAAUGAGUACCCUGACGUGCCCCCGAAGUACAACUACAACUACGGUGUCGCCGACGGUUACUCCGGCGCCAACUUCGGCCACACCGAGUCCCGCGACGCAACAACAUGUAAAAUAAGCGUUAGUAUAGGUCUUAGAAGAAAUUUUGGCCUAUAG